AUGGAGGAAGGAGUCGAUUCUGGACACGACAAGGGGACCUCAGACACCCUCUGCGACCCGCACCCGCACGACUCCCACGGUGCCACAUCGGGCGGCGGCGCUGCGCAGAGGUUCCCUCUGAAAGUCUUCAGGAGGCGUGACUUCAAAGUGCUGGAGAUAGAAAAGGAGUGGGAUGAUGAGAGGCUCCUUACUGCGCUGAAGAAAACUUACGAUCAGUUGCGGGGGUGGAGGAAGUACUUCGGGCUCAUGAGCGUCGCGUGCGCGCUGGAAUCGUUUAUCUAUCCCCAGCGCGUAGGCACCCGCUGGAUCUCCUCUCACAAGAACAUGCGCAUGUGCUACCUCCUCCGGAACCCCGCCCACCAACGUGGAGAGCGCCAACUGAUGGCUGCACUCACCCAACACGUCGAACUUGGGGUCGAGUUUGUGGAGCGUUGGAAGACCCGCCGCCUUCUAGGAGUUGCGGGCUUUUGCGCCUUCCUCUCGUACGCGACCAUGAUCGGCUGGGGCGUGAAGAGUGGCGACUGGGCCACUGGUUCUCAGAUUGGCCGUAAGUCUCGUUUCGCAGCCUCGCGCAUGUGA